UUAGUUUAUUUGAGGACUCUUAAGUGUUCUUGAAAGCCACAGUUCUUGUCGUAUGACUUGGGUUAGAAACUACUGGAGAAAAUAACAAUGGCAUAUUUGGCUGUUACUUUCAAACUGCUCAUUGUUGGUAUCUUGGCACUGGCUGACAAUGAAACUACAUCUACUUAUCAAACAAACACAGAGAGUUCUACUUCACUGUUAGGUACUGAGGAUACAUCCAAUAUCAGCUCAACUACUGAAGAGAAUCCAUUUCAAACUACCAACUCCAGUUUUGUAACUACCGAUAUAUACAGUAAUGUCAGUACUAUCCAAAUGGACUCUUCAAAUGUCAGUGUAAAUCAGGAUAAUCAGAGCAUUUCAGAUAAUACCCCUAGCUUCAACACCACAGCUGAAAUGACAUUUACCAAGCCGGAAGUACUGAAAAGUCAGACACCAGUUACACAGAAAUCAUCAGCUGCCCCUACCAUGUCACCGAGUAUUUCUGAGGUCUCAAGUUCCACAGUGGGUCCUUCUCAGCAAACUGAGCAAACCAGUCCAACUGCUAUUGCAGCUUUCUCUUCGUUUGAGCCUGCCAUGCUAAUUAUACUAGUGAUAAUCAUCCUGAUUUUUACCUUAGUUUGCCUGCUGAGCUAUCUUCUGUACAGAAAGAAACGAAGGUAUUCCUUUGAUCUCUCCCAAAAAACCGCUGAGGAUGCUAACAUCCCCUUGAGUUGCCCAAUUCUACCAGGAGGCUUCGAACUAACAGCAGACAAAGAAAACAACAAAGAAGUGGAGAAGGUGAAUGAAGACAAGACCAAUCACAAGAAAGAUUCAGCACCUAUCCUCAAUGUGCCAGAGGAAAUUAAUGGGAAACAAAGCAACCAUGAGCCUGAAGUCAACCAGCCUCCAGAAACACCUGCCGAGGAAGGUACUGACACCCUUGACGACUGGAACUUCAAGCCUGAAUACGCUUCAUUCACUGACAUUAACCUGAUGGACUGCGUCACCACUGAGUGACUUGGAUGCUUCCGUUCAGAUUGAUGAGCUCUUGUUCCUCUCUUGCCAUCUCUUCCAGAGACUGAUAAGAAUCAAUCUUUGACUCUUCUGCUGGUUUCUUGUUUUAUUUUACUGUGGACAUGUAUUGCAUUUACGAUAGAAGAUUCAACACAUAAUCAAUUAUGUUGCCUCAAGGUAUAAGUGGAUAAAAUAAUAACAUGAAGAAAGUGUUGAAAGACAUCAUGUAGCAGAAAAUUAAGAUAUUCAAGAGGCUUUUUUUUGUCAAAAUCCCUAGGUGCUGGCUAAGAGCAGAUUUUCCACUUUCUAUGCAUGAGUGCAUUUGACCACCAAUAUAAAUAUGCAAUAAUAACAGCAGUAUUUUAGUGACAGAAAACAUUCUUCAGAUGCUAAAAAUCUUUACCAACACACACAAAAUGGUGAAGGAACUCAGCAUGUCAAGCAGCAUCUAUGGAGGAAAUAAACAGUUGUUGUUUUGGGUCAACACUCUUCAUCAAUAUUGAAAUGAGUUACUUUUAUCCAAACUAACACUGCUAUUGUUUUAAACUUGUCACAGAUUCACAUGCAUGCACGAGUUCUACAGAUGCUGGAUAUCCAGAGCAACACACACAGAAUGCUGGAGGAACUCAGCAAGUCAGGCAGCAGCUAUGGAAAUGUAUAAAUAGUUGGCAUUUCAGGUCAAAACCCUUCAUCAGGAUUCACAUGUGUUCUCUUUACUCAUGUACUCAGCUACCAUGAAUUAGUUCCAAAUCUAGAAGCAGCCAUAUUUGUAUUGUCCUCAAUCUUCCUAGUCUGGUUCAGUUGGUUGUACUUGGCAGCCACCCUUUACUCUACUACUGAUCAAUAAGUACCUUUGAAUUUCUAUACAGGUAGUCCCCGAGUUACCAACAUCCGACUUAUGGACAACUAGUACUUACGAACCGAGGAGGGAGAACACCGUCCUCUAUUGUUGCCAUUGACACUGUGUUGAGUGUUUAAUUUUGUAUUUGGCUUAAAUUUUUCUUAGUAAGGUUCACCCUGACCCCGCCUCCCCCGUUCUGGUCGGCUGCUGGCGCAGUGAGAUCAGCGCCGGGCUUGAGAACGGAGGUUCCCAAGUUCUGUCCAGUGACAGACCACUGCCGUGCCAGGUUGAUGUCGAUCCAGUGACUCCCGUACCAUCCGUGCCAGGUAGAUGUUGAGCUCGCAACUCGACCUCAUAAAAAAAAACACUGCCACCUCCAGUUUAAAUUCCCACGCAGAAUAUGUGGAAGAUCAAAUACCCAAACCUAGCACAGCCCCCACUUGUCCCAUUUAAUCCGUCUCAGUGUGGUGGAGUUUAGGACCCGGGGAAUUCAGUGCGGUGGUCCUUUGGACCCAGCGGACCUCGGGCGCCAGCGCAGCUCGGGACCCGCCACCUGCAGCGUUUCUGUUCCAUUGACAGGAAGCGAUCACGAUUGAAAAUAAAGCGGAAAUAAUAAAGCAUUUGGAAAGAGGUGAAACACCAUCAGUCAUUAGAAAAGCGUUAGGCUACAGUUGGUCAAUGAUCGGAACAAUUUUAAAGGAUAAAGUGAGAAUAGAGGAGCAUGUGAAAGGCCCUGCCCCGAUGAAAGCUACAAUUAUUACUAAGCAACGCACUGCUUUAAUUAUUGGAAUACAUACGUUUCUUAAGUGUUGUAUAUGCAUAGAAAGGUAAAAUAUAUACUAUAUACUAAGACAAACGUUUGACUAACUGACGCUAAAUAAUACCGGAUGUACUUGUUCCGACUUACGUCCAAAUCUGACUUAAAGACGGACUCAGGAAUGGAACUCAUACGUAACCUGGGGACUGCCUGUACUAACUUUGGCAAAUUUUGCCAAAGGGUGCAAUUAGACGUGAUCUGCAUAAACAGUUCAAUCAAAAGAUUUCCAAUUUUAAACAAGAAGAAAAAAAAGCUGCAGAUGCUAUUAUGCUGAGAUAAAAACAGAAACACUGGAGUUACUCAGUAGCUCAGGCAGUAUAUGUGGACAGAGAAGCAGAGAGAAUAUUUCUGAUAAAAAGUAAUUAGGUUGAAACCUUAGCUCUGUUUCUUUCCCCAUAUAUACACAUAUUUUAUACCAGUCCUAUUUUGUUCUCCCCAUAUUCCCAUCAUCUUCCCUCAAACUGUACCAUUCAGCUACAUGCUUGAGAUAAUGUACAGUGGGCUAGUUAACUUACCAGAGGAAACCUAUACAGCUACAGGAAGAGCAAAGGAGCUAAAUUUGCAAUGAUAUUUUCCCCAAAGAGGUAAAAUCAGCGUUUAUAUUCAUUUAUGUGGAAUAAGGUAUUAUAAGGUAUUUUAGAUAAACAAUCGACUGACUGUUAGAUUAUAUUAUAGAAUAUUCAUUAAGAUGUAUCAGAUUUACAAUGAUAAUGUAAAUGUCAGAUAAUGAGUGUCAAUGUUGUUUUUGGUUGCUAUACUUAAUAUAAAAAUAUUUUGAUCAUAAUACUCAAGUAUUUUUUAUGCUUUUGCAACAAUCUAUUUUUUUCACUUUAAAUAAAUAAAAUGCCGU